GACACCUUGCAGGCCUUUUCUUUCCUUUUUUCUGUCGCGUGCUUCGCCUAUAAAACGGGACUCUAAGUUGGACAACACGCUUCUUGCUCGAUACAACCUUAUUCCUUAUUGCCUCUGCUUGAAUUGGACUUCUUGCGGGAUUAGACCUUCCCCGCAUAAAGUACUUUUGAUUCACGAUGCGUAUCACCGUCAGCGUUAUCCGGCCUGACCAAGCCGAUUCCGACAUCGUCAACUUGGAAGUUGGGGGAGACAUGACUGUCGAGCUUCUCAAAGCCAUCAUCGAAGUCGAAUCCGCCAUCCCUCCUACCUCCCAACGGUUGCUCUACAAUAACCGGAUCCUCAGCGACGAUGCACAAACACUCGAGCAAGUUGGUAUCGGGGAGGGGGAUAUGCUGGGAGUUCAAGUUGCGCUACGGACUCCCCCGGCACCUACACGGCCAGCUGGACCCCCAAGUGCCGCAGCGCAACAAAGCCUCCAACGACGACAAGCGAUGACACCUGAUCCUGAAACGAUUCGUCUACAUAUUCUUGGUGAUCCGCGAGUGCAGGAUGCGGUCCGGCGACAGAAUCCAGAGCUAGCAGAGGCUGCUGCAGAUCCGCAGCAAUUCCGUAACGUCCUUUAUGCGCAGCAACAACGGGAGGCCCAGCAGGAGGCAGAGAAAGAAGCGCGCAUUGCCAUGCUGAACGCAGACCCGUUCAACCCUGAGAACCAAAGAGAGAUUGAGGAGAUUAUUCGCCAGAAUGCUGUGACUGAGAACCUCCAUAACGCCAUGGAGCAUCAUCCGGAAUCUUUCGGUCGCGUUACGAUGCUUUACAUCCCUGUCGAAGUCAACGGCCACAGGCGACCGCUUGCAACAUUAUGCGAUUAGUUGACCAGCGUUAUGGAGGGAUUGCAAAAGGUGUUGGCACCGCAACGAUUCUUGGGCGAGUACACUCGGCGCAGAUUAAGAUCGGGAGCAUGUUCCUACCGUGCUCGUUUACUGUCAUGGAGGGGAAACACAUUGAUCUUCUCUUGGGCCUAGAUAUGCUGAGACGUCAUCAGGCCUGCAUUGACUUGAAGAGGGGGGCGCUUGUCAUCCAGGACGAGGCCGUUCCUUUCCUGCCAGAGGCCGAUAUACCCA